GAAAAUUAAAAAACAGUAGAAGGAAUCCAUUCCCCCAAAAAGAAGAAAAUAAUAAAAUAGAAAAAGGGGGGACUGUUUGGCGACUCAGAGCGAGGGAAUCUAGCGAUUAAUCAAACCCUAGUUCAAUCGCUCUGGUGAUUCUGGCUCAAAUUCUUUGAUAUUUGGAUCAAAUCUCGAUCAUUUUGGGAUUUCUCUGUGUUUUCUCAAUAUGAACAAGUUGGGUAGAGGGCAGCGUGACAAAGUGCAGCAAUUCAUGUCAAUUACUGGGGCGAGUGAGAAAGUUGCUAUCCAUGCCCUGAAGUCCAGUGAUUGGCAAUUUGAAGGAGCAUUUGACAUAUUUUACAGCCAUCCCCAACUUAAGUCAGUUGCUGACACAAGGCAUUUAGAGGAGCUUUACAACAGAUACAAAGAUCCUUAUGCUGAUAUGAUUUUGGCUGAUGGAAUCACUCUCCUGUGCAAUGACCUUCAGGUUGAUCCUCAAGAUAUUGUCAUGUUGGUGGUCUCAUGGCAUAUGAAGGCUGCUACCAUGUGUGAAUUCUCAAAGCAGGAGUUCAUUGGUGGAUUACAAUCUCUUGGGAUAGAUUCACUCGAGAAGUUCAGAGAAAGAAUCCCGUUUAUGCGUUCUGAACUGAAAGAUGAACAAAAGUUCAGGGAGAUCUAUAACUUUGCAUUUGGCUGGGCAAAAGAGAAGGGUCAGAAGUCCUUGGCAUUGGAUACUGCAAUUGGAAUGUGGCAGUUGCUAUUUGCAGAAAAGCAAUGGCCGUUAGUGGAUCAUUGGUGCCAGUUCUUGCAGGCACGGCAUAACAAAGCAAUUUCUCGUGAUACCUGGUCCCAGCUACUGGAGUUUGCAAGGACAGUGGAUCCUGCAUUGUCAAACUAUGAUCCAGAUGGGGCUUGGCCGUAUCUGAUUGAUGAAUUUGUUGACUACUUGACUGAAAAUGACAUAAUUCGGAAGGGCAAGUUGAGUGAUUGGAGCUACAAACAUUGACCAAUCUCGGAGCUGUGUAUUAAUUCGUUCUCUGCUUUCUUUUAGAUUGAUAAUGUAAAAUUCAAAAAAAAAAACAAAAACAAGAAAAAAAAAAAAACAAAAGACGAACAUAAA